CCGUAAGGAGGUGCCGCAUCUCUGCUGCGCCGCUGACCCCGAGUCACCAGGCACCAGCUGUCUCACUGAUUGGGACCGCCUUUUUCACCAUUUGGGAUGACGUGUUUCCUUGUUGGACCCAUCAUUCUCACUAUUUGGCACCUACUAUUUAACACAGCCCAUCUCAAUAUUUGGCACGACGUGUUUCAACUGUUUAGAAACAGGAGAUUCAAAAAUUGCCACAACUAUCUAUUUGGCAGUGCCCGUGUCUCACUAUUUCAACACACCUGAUUCACUACACCGCAUCAGCUAUCUCACCAUUUGGCACACCAGUGCCUGCUUUGUUCAGCACUCAAACAUGCGGUGACACGUGUUGAAGGCGGAACUGCCGGCUGUGAGGAAACUUGAAAAACCAGAGUGUAGGGAAGUGUGCGAGUGGUUGCAUACACAGUAUGUUUGUUUGUGUGUAUGUGUUAUUUAAAGGUUGUGGAUCAGCUGACAGGAAGAGAGAAGGAAGCCAACCGGAAGUGUUCUAGAGGUCUAAUGGCGUCAUGAGCAGUCCUAGUCUUCUGCGCGGUCGCCACUUCUUCUGCCGAGAAUGGGCGCUGGACAAACUCCGGCGCUGCCUGGACGCCCGCCACAUGCCGGGGCAACCGGCAGGAGUCCUGGUGACGGGUGGCGCGGGUGCUGGUAAGACGGCCCUGUGCACUGAGGUGGUGUGGCCUAACUCCGAGGCCGGGCAGGCGUCCGGUUUGGGAUUACGGUGCCUGGCCUGGCACUUCUGCGGGCGGGAGGAGCCUGCUAGCAGCCUGGCAUGGCGCUGCGUCAUGUCCCUAGCAGAGCAAUUGAGGGCGUCGUCGCUGCUGCCACCUGAGUAUUGCACCGACCUAUCCCGGCAUCCGCCCCCGGAUCUUCUCUGCUGCCAGACAGACCCGCACCUCGCCUUUCAAAGAUUUGUCCUAAAGCCCCUGUUGGACCUGGCCCCACCACCCCAUGCCAUGAUACUGCUGGUGGACUCUCUAGACAUUAGCUACCAGGGGAGCUCAGGGGGCACCAGAAACAGCCAGUCCAUCGCAGAGCUACUGGCAGCCUACCAGAACCUGAUGCCCACCUGGAUCCUCCUAGUCUGUUCGGUCCGGCGCCACAAUAAGAGCGUGAACAAGAUGUUCUCAGGUUUUCAUAAACUCUGCCUGGAUGACCUGCGUCAGCCAGACCCAGUCCACGAUGUGCAGCAGUACAUCCUGAAGCGUUUGGACCGGGAGGCGGUGCUUCGGCGUCAGAUCACUCCAGACACGGCAGACAUGUUGAAUUUGCUCCACAUCAAGAGCAGUGGCUGCUUCCUGUUCUUAGAGAGAGUCUUGGAUGGCGUGGCCACCUCCCUUGUGGGUCUCCGCGAGAUCCGGGACAUUCCGGGGACCCUGAACGGGCUCUACCUAUGGUUGUGCCAAAGACUCUUCCCUCGGCGACUCUUCAGCUAUGUCAAGCCUCUGCUUAAUGUCAUCCUGGUGGCCACAGCCCCCCUCACACCUCAGGAUCUGUUCACGGCACUCUGGACUCACGAUAAACUACUCAGCAUCCAUGAGUUUCAGAACAAACUGCGGAUCCUUGCACCCCUCCUUAUAGAUGGUCCUGGGGGAACCAAACUUCUUUUCCACAGCAGCUUUGGUGAGUGGCUAACAGAUGUGAAAUACUGUACUCAGAAGUACUUGUGCAGCCAGUCCGAGGGGCACAGCAUGCUGGCCAUGUCUCUGACAUUGAGGGGCCCCUUGCUGAAGUCGGAGGAGGCAGUCCAGCUGGGGAUGCAUUUAGUUUGCUCCGAUCACCAUCAGGACCAGCCUUGGAUUCUGGCCCUGUGGAUGAUCUGGGCUGAUGUGCCCACUGUGACAUGGACUGACUGCAGCUCCCUGACCACAAUAAUGAUAACCCAAGCACCUGUCUCGACCCACCAGAAAGUAUUACAGCUCUUCAAGAUGACCGGACUUGUUUCGGUUGACCCAAGUCUCGGAGUGCAGUGUACAAGUGGAGUGGCGAAUAAUGAAGUCUUUAAACUCUGUGCAUCUGUGAACCAGUUGAAUUCCACAGAUGUGCCAACCUUGUUUGUCAGAGCAGCCCUUGAGGGUUCUGCAAAUCUGGUCCAGCUGCUCCUGACUCGUGGAUCUGAGCCACUUCUCAGUGACAACCAGGGUCAAACCCCCCUCACUUUAGCCUCCAGACAGGGUCAUUUCGACGUCCUUAAGGUUCUGUUGGACUGGGUACGGAUUCAGGACAGGCAGACUGCCACCAGAAUGUUGGAGCAUGCCGACAACGAUGGAUGGACUGCGCUACGGUCUGCGGCCUGGGGGGGGCAUAGCGAGGCGGUCAGGCUUCUCCUGGACGCAGGGGCAGACGUGGACCGAUGUGACAGAGAGGGCCGCACUGCCCUCAGGGCCGCGGCCUGGGGGGGUCAUGAAGAGACGGUCCUCAUCCUGCUAGACUACAGGGCUCAAGUGGACAAGGCUGACUGCAAAGGCCGCACCCCCCUGAUUGCUGCAGCCUACAUGGGACACCACGAGGUGGUAGAGGUGCUGCUGGACCACAGGGCCCAAGUGGACUUGGCUGAUAGGGAUGGGCGCACGGCUUUGUCAGUCGCGGCCCUUUGUGUCCCCACAGCAGCUGGACACCAAGGUUACGGUGAGGUCGCAAGUCUUUUACUAGAGCGAGGUGCUAAUCCCGGACACCGAGACCAUGACGGAAUGACCCCACUGCUCCUCGCAGCCUACGAGGGCCAUGAUGACAUGGUGGAGCUCCUGUUGGAUGCUGGCGCCGAUGUGGACGAGACUGCAGGGCCCGUGGGGGAUGCGCCCGUUGCAACAGCGGUGACUCCCCUUCUAGCUGCCGCCACCAUGGGUCAUAUGAACGUUGUGUCGCGGCUUCUCUUCUGGGGGGCUGCAGUCGAUGCCAUCGACGACGAAGGGAGGACAGCGCUCAGCCUUGCAGCUGCACAGGGUAGCUGUGAGGUGGUACGCGCACUCCUAGAACGAGGUCUGGAUGAGAACCACAAGGACGACUUGGGCUGGACCCCUUUGCACGCCGCGGCCUGUGAAGGCCACCGAGCGGUCUGCGCUGUGUUAACCGAGAGAGGCAGUACAGCACGGGUCGGUGAGAUGGAUGUUGAAGGUCGUACGGCACUGAUUCUGGCAGCCCAGGAAGGACACAUUGGCCCCGCCCGAUUAUUGCUGGACCGCCGCUCACCCAUUGACCACAGGGCGUAUGACGGACACUCGGCCUUGUGCGCUGCCCUUUUGGAGGGGCAUGUUGAGGUGGCUGAACUCCUGAUGCGACGAGGGGCCGACACAGAUGUCCGUGAUGCAGAGGGGCGACCAUUACUCUAUCUUCUGGUGUUGGAGGGGCGGAUCCACAUGGUGAAGCUCCUCAUAGAGAAGGGGGGGCCGCCUCUGGAAUCGCGAGAUUCCGAGGGCCGGACUGCAUUGCAUGUGGCCUCCUGGCAGGGAAAUGUGGAUUUGGUGGACUUGCUCUUGAAGCAUGGGGCCAACCCCAAUGCUCUGGACACAGAAGGGAGACCACCCUUGCAUUCUGUCGCCUGGACAGGGAAUGCCAAUGUGGGGCGCCAUCUCCUGUCUGUGAAUGGCAUCAAUGUAGAUCACACUUGCCACCAGGGGGCGACAGCUCUGAGCAUUGCUUCCCAACAGGGAAAUGCUGAUGUGGUCUCCAUGCUCGUUGAAGCUGGCGCGAACCCUGACCACAUGGAUAAAUAUGGCCGGACUCCCAUAAAAGUGGCGGGGAAGCAUGGGCAUGCCAAGGUUGUCCAGCUCCUGGAAAGCUUUGGGGCCAAGUCAUACCAGGGUCUGCCCAGAGGCAGCAUGGUUUCUCCCACCAACAAGAUGUCCUUGAACAUUUAUAGAGUUGAAAGAGCAACCUCCUCAUCCUCACCGUCUUCUGCAGGAUCCACCUCAGACACACCUCACUCCACACACAGCUCCCAGACAUCAUCUACUGGACUCUCCUUGGCCACCCUGCAGACAGUCCCAGCUGACACCCUCAGCUUCAUCCAACAGAUCCAGCAGCACUCAUUACCUCGAAGCCGGAGCCGCCCUUCAACCCUUCCUCCACCACCCGGCGGAUCGGGUAGUAACCGUCGCCAUCGCCCAAAAGGCAGUCCCUCACCAACCCUUUGCACUGUCACUGCUGUUGUCCACAACUACGAGCUGCCUCCAAAAACCUUGUCUCAUGUAAUGGACUAUCAGGACAAAAUGAACCUGAAGAACUUGGAGAGAGUAGACAUGGAUCUCAGGACUUCUAAAACUGCCCACGACCCCAUGUCUAAUAUACAGGGCCCACAAUAUAGAGAAGCUUGGGACCCUCCAACCAAGCACAAUGCUGUCCUGCCCUCAGAUGCCUUGGAAAUCUCCAUGCUAACCUCAGACCCCCAGCUCAACCUGAAACACGCCAUCAAGCUGCAAUUUGAGGGUCCCACCAGCACUUCAUUUUACAAACGAGAGACCCCGCUGUGACAACCUCCCCUAGGGCUCAUGACAUCAAUUGGACUUUCAGGACAAUAUAAAUAAACAACUUUGACAGAGGACUCUGGAAAACGCCAUGGCGGGGUGGUCCGUCAACAGGUCCCAAGACUCCCCAAAGCUUACCACCAAGGACACAGCCCCUGCCCCCAACACAGGAAUCUUGGGAACCUGCGUUUAACCACAACACUGCUACUUACUGUAGCCCUGUGGUGCCAUGAAGGCAAUCUUCAUGCAAAUCUAGAACCCACAACUCAACUUGAACUCGACCUUUAAGCUCCAGUUUGGGGGUCCCAUGCUCAUGUUAACAGUUUUGUAACACUUUUGGUCAGCGAAUCAACAGUCGUGUCAAAAAAGUUCAUUUACCUUAAGAAAAUUA